UUUUUUAGUCAUUUUCAAGUUUUGUGUUAAUUUGUAGUGUAUAAAUAAUCCAUCCAUAAAAAUAAAAAGCAAUUAGUUAAAUGCACGUAGACACACAUUUGGUAUUCCGCAUGACACAAACGCACACAGACUCAACAUCAGCAUCCUUCUAACUAAAAUAAAACCACACACACAACACCGAUGCAACAGCAACAAACAACAACAACAACAUCACCAUCCACAACAACAACCACCACAUGUUGUUCUCAUUGCCAAACCUUGCCUCAUUACAGCGACAGCUCAAGCGAUGGAAGUGGAGGAGCCACUGUGCCUAGAAUAUGCCACGGCGGAGUCAGUGCCACUGCAUCUGCGACAGAUAUUGAGCCAGCUAAAGGGCAAGAUUAGCGAUGCCGAGCUUCUGAUGACACUCAUCUAUGUGGUGGCAUUGGAGUCGGGAUUUGUGGAGGAUCAAACGUAUGCGGAGCAUGGUCAUCUAUUGAAACCAGUGCCGGCAGUGGGUUGCUUUCACAUCUACAAUGUGCGUCUGCUUAGCCAGCUGCCGUUGCACUUCAGCCGGGAAUUCGAGGAUUCUGCGUUUCGCAUGCUUCUGCACACCAUGCAGGACGAGAAGAGCGCAACGGAGGCAUCUGAACUGUUCAUAUUAAAGUCUCGCCUCAUGGCCGUUGUACUGGGGGAUCUACUAAUGGUCACACUUAGUCCCGUGCCGCCGUCAAAGGAGCGGGGUUACAGCGUCUGCCUAUCGAUUGGACGUUUUGUGCUCAACAUGAAGCUGGCGACGAUUUAUGAACGCUUUCGCCAGCUGGAUGAGCUCUCCCUGCAGCUGCGUCAGCAGCUCUUUCAACCGAUGCGUGCCCAGCAGCUGCUCGCCAUCAAUCUCCAUUUGCAUCCAUCGCUGAUGGGACUGCCAACGGAGGUGUAUUCUCAAAUCUUUCAACAUUUGAGUAAAAAUCAACUGAAUAUUGUGGCAAAUGUCAAUUGGCAGCUCUGCGACCACAUCAAACAGUUUAAGGAGCAUUGUGAACACGAAUCUUAAUCAUAGUUAGAAAUAUAAAUAUUGCUUGUGAAUUGUAUAAGAAAAUAGAUUCUAACUAGAAACUAAAUAUAUAUAUAGAAGCUAGUGCUGUGUGGAAG